ACUUCUGGUUCUGCUUCUGCUUCUACUUCUACCUUUUCUUCUGGAAAAACCCUUCUAUAUUUCACUACUACCACAAUUCUACUACAACGUCAACUCCACUGAAAAUCAAUAAAACACAAGACGAGUGGAAUCCUGUGUCCGAGUCCUUCCCUUUCAAGUGUGGGAAACCCAUGAUGCUCAUAUACACUUGACAGUGAAAAACCGAUGCACCAGUGGAAACUGACGACUGCCAGUGAAUCACCGCUGCACCAGUGAGCCGCCUGCCAGUGGACCACCGCCUAGCCAGUGCAUCAUACCGCUGACCAGUGACCAAGAAGCAAGACUCCACUCGUGCUACAACCCAACAGAGAGGGAAGACACUUCACCUGGGGGCCUGGAGGAUAAAGCUUGAAUUCACCUGGAAAAAAGAAACAAAAUGGCGAAGUCAUUAGAAGAACUGAAAGCAGAGCGAACCACAGCCAAAAGACUUUUCUCCCGUCUUGCUAACUGCAUUACAAGAACACACUCAGAGAUGACUGUGGAGGAGCUAAAGCAAAACUUCAACAAGCUUACAGCAGAAAGCUCGAGACUCAUGGAGGCGAACGAAGAGAUUGAGGCCACCUACAUGGCAGAAGCAGACGCAGCCACUGUAGAGGACCUGGGCGCCAAGAAGAAAGCCGACCUGGAGAAGAUAGAGGCAUACUGUAAGCAGAGGACUAAAGAAGCAAAGCUCCUAAUUCAACAAACACUCUGGGAAUCGUAUGGGGAAAAAGAGCUGCCCCUUGCCCUACACAUCGCUGAAGCUGACUGCAAGACCGUCUCCUCUGCCCAACUCGACGUGACUCUGGAGGCAUAUGAGUUCAUCCUGAAGCACUUCGAGACGUUGGUGCUGAAGGCAAAAGAAGCGCACCGUGACUGGAACCGCUGGGCUCCCGCUGCAGAGCAAAGAGACUUUGAUCACCGCAUGGCAGAGCUCGAAGUGCAACUUCCCCAGCUGGUGUCGCGCAAGGCUGCCUUCAUCAAAGCUGCAAAAAUCAAGACAGACUCUGAAGAGCCCACUGUCCACCGUACAGCUCCAGUGCCAGCAAUAAAGCUGAAAGCCACAGCCCUUCCAAAGUUUGCUGGCAACCAGCGAAGUUACUACAGGUGGAAGAAGGAGUGGGAAGCUCUACAGAAGCAGGGUGAACCGACAGGGUCUAGAGAGGUCAAGAAAUUCCAGCUGCUCGACAGCAUCGAUGAGAAGGUGGCCGGAAGUCUACACCUGUCGACCUACAGCUCCUCAAACGAAAUCUUCAGAGUCCUGGAUAACCGGUUUGGGAACCAAGCCAACAUCGCUCUCGAGAUCAUUGAAGAUCUACAAGCAACUCCUCCAGUCAAAGCCGGCCAGCCAAGAAGAGUCAUCGAGCUCAUCCAAACAGUGGAACAAGCUCUCUACGACUUAAAUGAACUGGACAAUGCCGACGCCAUAAAGAACCCUAUUGUGACCAAAUCCAUUGAGGGCAAGCUUCCAGAAACUUUAAAGAAAGACUGGCUCACCUAUGCUGCUGACGUGAGUAAUGCCGUGGACCGUCACAACCGCUUUGACAAGCUGCUGGCUUACCUAAAGUCACAGGAAGCCAUAUAUGAGCAACUUGACCAGCUAAAAGAUGGCGUUGAACCUGCCAAGGACAAGACCAAGUUCCCGAAGCAAGCCAGAAGAAAAGCAACCAACAGUCCGGCAGUGUCGUCCAACAGUGAUGCAGCAGGCUGCAUCGUCUGUGGUGACCCAAAGCACAGAAGAAAACUGUACUUCUGCAGAAAGUUUAGAAGCAACCUAAAGCCAUCGGAGAAGAGGGAUGCAGCACAACAAAUCGGUGCCUGCAAAAGAUGCCUCGAAGUCCACACUGGUGAAAGCUGCAAGAAAACCACUUACCUGUGCGGGAAUCCAGAAUGCAAAGAUCAACACCACUACCUCCUCUGUCCAGUUGCCAGACCCCAGUCCCAAAGAACACCCAAGUUCAGUCCAGUGAGGGCUGAGGGCAGAAGACUCACUGACACCCAGGAGCAGUUCCUCUCCAAACUCACACCAGAGCUGGCACAGCAGUGUCGAGAUGCCUUCUGCAACAUAGCGUCCAGGCCAUUCAACUCCAGUGCUGCUGAAAGAGGUCUUCUAGAUGAACACUGCCUGUGGACUGUGGACUGAUGUAACCAGCCAGAGUCUCUACCUCACGGGUGACAACAACGUGGCAGUGUUCCCCAGAGCGGAUGGCCACUUCAGUUUAUUGGAC